AUGUAUUAUGUGGAGAAUCAAGUUAAAAAUCAUGUUUUUUGCUUACAGGUGAUCGGAGUGAAGUUGACUGGCCAGAUGAAGGGAUGGACCUCCCCCAAGGACAUUAUCUUAAAGGUUGCUGGUAUCCUGACAGUCAAGGGAGGUACUGGAGCUAUCAUUGAGUACCAUGGGCCGGGCGUGGAUAACAUCUCUUGUACUGGUAUGGGUACCAUCUGCAACAUGGGUGCUGAGAUCGGAGCCACAACCUCGCUGUUCCCCUUCAACAAGCGGAUGGGUGACUACUUACGUGCAACCGGCAGGGGAGACAUUGCUGCACAGGCAGAAGCCAACAAGGAUCUACUCACCCCAGACAGUGGUGCACCAUAUGAUCAGCUUAUCGAGAUUGACUUGUCUACCCUGGAGCCCCAUGUCAACGGCCCCUUCACCCCCGACUUGGCACAUCCCAUCUCCAAGCUGGGCGCCAACGCUAAGAAGGCAGGUUGGCCCAUUGACAUCAAAGUCGGGCUUAUUGGUAGCUGUACCAACUCCAGCUACGAGGACAUGGCGCGUUGUGCUGCCAUCGCCAAGGAAGCCAUGAAUCACGGUCUCAAGUCCAAGAUUCCCUUCAACGUGACCCCCGGCUCAGAGCAAGUUAGGGCUACCAUCGAACGUGAUGGAAUUGCGGAGACACUGCGCCAGUUUGGUGGCACUGUGCUGGCAAAUGCCUGUGGCCCUUGUAUCGGCCAAUGGGACCGCAAAGAUGUCAAGAAGGGAGAGAAGAAUACCAUCGUCAACUCAUAUAACCGCAACUUCACCGGGCGUAAUGAUGCCAACCCAGCUACUCACGCAUUCGUCACCUCCCCAGAACUGGUGACAGCUCUCAGCAUCGCUGGCUCACUGGACUUUGACCCUACUAGUCAGAAACUCAAGGGCAAGGAUGGCAAGGAGUUCAAGUUGUCCGAUCCAUUUGGCCCCGAACUGCCUGUGAAGGGAUUCGACCCUGGUGUAGAUACAUACCAAGCUCCACCCCCUGAAGGCGCUUCUCUUAAGGUGGAUGUUGACCCCAAAUCCCAGCGGUUGCAGCUAUUGGAACCCUUUGAUGUUUGGGAUGGCAAGGACUACGUGGACAUGACCAUUCUCAUCAAGGUAAAAGGAAAGUGCACGACAGAUCAUAUUUCUGCCGCCGGACCUUGGUUGAAGUACAGAGGACACCUUGAUAACAUCUCAAACAAUCUCUUCCUUACAGCAACAAAUGCUGAGAAUAACGAGCUCAACAAGAUCAAGAACAGGUUAACAGGCGAGUGGGGACCAGUGUGUGAUGUUGCGAGGGCUUAUAAGAAGGCUGGAGUUAGGUGGGUAGCUAUUGGAGAUGAGAACUACGGAGAGGGCAGCAGUAGGGAGCAUGCUGCACUGGAGCCACGUCACCUUGGCGGCCGCGCAAUCAUCACCAAGUCCUUUGCACGUAUCCAUGAGACAAAUCUGAAGAAGCAAGGCCUGCUACCCCUCACCUUCGACAAGGCAUCUGACUACGACAAGAUCCAGCCUGGAGACAAGAUCUCACUGCUCGGCCUCAAAGAUCUGGCACCUGGCAAGCCUGUUGUCUGUGAACUGAAACAUGAAGAUGGAAAGACAGAUAAAAUCCACCUCAAUCACACAUUGAACGAGCAGCAGAUCGAAUGGUUUAAGGCAGGAAGUGCCCUGAACAGGAUGAAGCAGCUUGCGAAGAAGUGAACUCAAUUUCAGCUAGACAAUAAUUAACUCUUAGGUCCCGUCUCAUUUAGAACAGAAGACUGCAACUUCCAAAUUUUGAGUCGAAUUACUCUCAAGUAAAUCGAUUGGUGGUUAGACACUGAAUCGUCCCGAGACCCCUGGGCCGAUUUGGUGACUAAAGGAUUGAGUUUUGUCAACCGGAAGUAUUAAAUUAUCGUAGAAACCACUCUGCUGUGAGUGUUCUCAGUGGCUACCGAUGUAAUUAUUAUUAUGCCUUAAUAACCUCUAUCCUACUCUAAAUGUCUUUUGUAAAUAUUGUUACAAAAUAAAAAUGUAAAUUUCAA